CCCCAGGAGCUGCGCAGCGCCCGUUUCUGGCGGGCCGUGCUGGCGGAGGCGCUGGCGACGCUGAUCUUCGUGGGGGUGGUGCUGGGCGCCUCGGCGACCCCCAGCCCCUUGGCACCGGCGCUGGCGGGGGGCUUGGUGGCCGCGGCGCUGCCCCACACCCUCGGGACCCCCCAGGCCAACCCAGCGCUGACGCUGGCGCUGCUCUGCACCCGCAAGCUGAGCGCCCUGCGCGGCGCCGCCGGGCUCCUGGCCCAGUGCACCGGGGCCGUGCUGGCCUCCAUCGCCGCGCGCUCGGCGCUGCCGGACGAUGCCAGCCUGGUCACCAGGGUGAGCGUGUCCCCCCCCCCUCCCCGUGCAAUCCCCGUCCCCGUCCCGGUGCCGGCGGGCGCUGAGGCCGGGCCGUGGCCGCAGGUGAGCGCGGCGGGGACGGCGGGGCAGGCGUGGGGCUGGGAGACCUUCGCCACCUUCCAGCUGGCGCUCGCCGCCUUCGCCACCGCCGAGCGGGCGGCCGGCCCCGCCGGGCUGGCCCUGGGCAGCGCUGUGGCUGCCGGAGCCCUGGCUGCGGGGCCGUUCUCGGGGGGCAGCAUGAACCCAGCCCGCUCGCUGGGGCCCGCCAUCGUCACCGGCAUCUGGGAUGACCACUGGGUGUACUGGCUGGGGCCGGUGCCGGGCGCGGUGCUGGCUGCCUUCUCCUACGAGUUCGUCUUCGCCCCCGGUGCCUCGCGGGAGAAGCUGGGCGCCUGCCUCGCCUGCCGGGACGUGGCGCCGGUGGAGGCCACCAGCCUGACCCCCUCCUCGCCCUCCACUGCCCCCCCCAGGGGUCCCCCUCAAACCCAGCAGGGCCAGGACGCAGCCUGAGCCCCCACAGCAGGGGGACGAGGUGCCCCCAGCAGAAAGAGGGGGACCGGGGGGGG